AUGGCGGCAAUUGAUCAGCAACAACAACAAGUUCUAAAAGCAUUUAAUUUUGGUGAUCGGCAGGGCACAUCGGCCUCUGGCAUGGCACCAUACCAGCCAUUUCUUCAACAAGUACCAAACCUUUUGGGAAAUCCUCAGUUCCCUCAAGCUGGAAGCAGCCAGUACCACAUCUCGCAACAGCAACAACAAACAACUUUGCAGGCAUCACUUCAGGAUGCUUACCAAUUAGCUCCGAUAAAUCCUGCUCCGGUUCAGCUGAUGCUUGGUGGUAGUGGUGGAGCACCGUCGUUCGACAAUCGUCCCCCUGGGUCUUUGGCUCCCGGUGGACCAAUAGGAGGUAGUGAUGGUUCGGAAGCACCUCUUCCUCCUCCAUCUAACGUACCGCUACAACGUCCGCCCGGACAAUCGACUGGUAGAGGAUUAUUAAUUCAGAGUGUUCUGAAUUUAGUUGAAUCUUUUAAUGUUUAUGAUGAUCUUGAUUGGGAUUUUCUGGAUGACCAAGAUAAUAAUGCUUUCAAAUUCAUGUUCGCCAAACCCAAUCAUGGCAUAGAAGGACGCGCAAUUGUUUUGCGCGCAAAUCAUUUCGCUGUUCGCAUACCAGGGGGUAAUAUCCAGCAUUAUUCCAUCGAUGUGCAACCAGACAAGUGCCCACGUCGAGUUAACAGAGAAAUUGUGAACACUAUGAUUCGUGCGUACCAAAAGGUAUUCAGCAAUGUCCGUCCAGUAUAUGAUGGAAAACGUAAUAUGUAUACUCGAGAUCCACUGCCAAUUGGACGUGAGCGGUUGGAAUUGGAAGUUACAUUACCAGGAGAUUCUGCUGUUGAUCGACAGUUUACUGUUGCCAUUAAAUGGGUUUCCACGGUUUCUUUGUCGGCUCUAGAAGAUGCAAUGGAGGGACGAGUGCGUCAAGUGCCUUUUGAAUCUGUGCAGGCAAUGGAUGUGAUUUUACGACAUUUACCUAGUUUAAAAUACACUCCUGUUGGACGAUCAUUUUUCUCACCACCAUUAGGCUCAGCACAUGGUCCAUCACAUUCAGCACAGCAGUACCAUACGGAAAGUAAGCUUGGUGGUGGUCGGGAAGUUUGGUUCGGUUUCCAUCAGAGUGUGCGACCAAGCCAAUGGAAAAUGAUGCUCAAUAUUGAUGUUUCGGCAACUGCAUUUUAUCGCUCAAUGCCGGUGAUCGAAUUUAUUGCGGAAGUGUUGGAGGUACCGGUGCAAGCGUUGUCCGAUCGUCGUUCACUGUCAGAUGCUCAGCGUGUUAAAUUCACUAAGGAAAUACGUGGUCUGAAAAUUGAAAUAACUCAUUGUGGUUCUAUGCGACGUAAAUACCGAGUGUGUAAUGUUACUCGAAGAGCAGCGCAAGUACAGACAUCUGAAGAUGAGCCAGACUGCUCUGAUAACAUUACAGUGCAGAUGCACGUGCAAUAUCAUGUACCCGGUGAUAGUUUUCCUAAAAACUUGCGUGGAUUUCCAUUGCAACUGGAUUCGGGACAAACCAUUGAUUGUACGGUUACCAAAUACUUUUACGAUAAGUAUCAUAUGCAAUUGAAAUAUCCACAUUUGCCAUGUCUGCAAGUGGGUCAAGAGCAAAAACAUACAUAUUUACCGCCGGAAGUAUGCAAUAUUGUUCCUGGCCAGCGCUGCAUAAAAAAACUCACGGAUACGCAAACCAGUACAAUGAUUAAGGCAACAGCACGGUCAGCACCAGAACGUGAGCGUGAGAUAUCAAAUUUAGUUCGAAAAGCCGAAUUCAAUGCCGAUCCGUUUGCUCACGAAUUUGGCAUUGCAAUAAAUCCGGCGAUGACUGAAGUGAAAGGUCGUGUACUGAAUGCACCAAAGUUGCUUUAUGGUGGUCGUACGAAAGCGACAGCGCUACCUAACCAAGGUGUUUGGGAUAUGCGUGGAAAACAAUUCCAUACAGGCGUGGAAGUAAAAGUGUGGGCAAUCGCAUGCUUUGCGCAGCAACAACACGUUAAAGAAAAUGAUCUCCGCAAUUUCACUACACAGUUGCAACGAAUCUCUAAUGAUGCGGGUAUGCCGAUCAUGGGGCAGCCAUGCUUUUGCAAAUAUGCAGUUGGUGUUGAUCAAGUAGAACCAAUGUUCAAAUACCUCAAAACAUCUUUCGUGAAUAUUCAACUUGUUUGUGUUGUCCUGCCCGGAAAAACACCAGUAUACGCUGAAGUCAAGCGAGUUGGUGAUACAGUAUUAGGAAUUGCUACGCAGUGUGUGCAAGCCAAAAAUGUAAUCAAGACAACACCUCAGACUUUGUCUAAUUUGUGCUUGAAAAUGAACGUUAAAUUGGGUGGUGUGAAUUCAAUUCUUUUACCGGCUGUUCGACCCAGAAUUUUCACUGAGCCAGUGAUAUUUCUUGGUUGUGACAUAACGCACCCUCCUGCCGGUGAUUCGCGUAAACCGUCCAUUGCUGCUGUUGUUGGAAGUAUGGAUGCUCAUCCAUCGCGUUAUGCAGCUACAGUCCGUGUACAAGCUCAUCGGCAGGAAAUAAUCAGUGACCUCACCUACAUGGCGCGCGAACUUCUUAUUCAGUUUUAUCGCUCCACUCGUUUUAAACCGACACGAAUCAUUAUUUAUCGUGAUGGUGUGUCAGAGGGACAGUUCUUCAACGUUUUGCAAUAUGAACUGCGGGCAUUACGCGAAUGUUGUAUGUUAUUGGAGGAGGAUUAUCAGCCAGGGAUAACAUUUAUUGCUGUACAGAAAAGACACCAUACCCGUUUGUUUGCUGUCGAUAAGAAAGAUCAAGUUGGAAAAGCUUUUAAUAUUCCACCUGGAACAACAGUUGAUGUUGGUAUAACACACCCUACUGAAUUUGAUUUUUAUCUUUGUUCGCAUGCAGGAAUCCAGGGAACGUCCCGUCCAUCUCACUAUCAUGUACUUUGGGAUGAUAAUCAACUGAGUGCUGAUGAGCUACAACAAUUGACAUACCAGAUGUGCCAUACGUACGUCCGUUGUACAAGAUCUGUUUCGAUCCCCGCGCCAGCUUAUUACGCGCAUUUGGUGGCUUUUAGAGCUCGUUAUCACUUGGUUGAUCGCGAACAUGACAGUGGCGAAGGUUCUCAACCAUCUGGAACAAGUGAAGAUACUACUUUGAGCAACAUGGCGCGCGCAGUUCAGGUCCAUCCAGAUGCAAACAAUGUCAUCGUGAAGCGUGUCCUGACGAUAUACAAGUGUGGUCGACCGCCAUCCAUUUUAAAUGGCGGCCUAGGCCGGGAAAAUUGUGUCACGGGCACGAGUCCGUUAUAUAUUUAUAUUGCACCAUCAAGAAAUAAUUCUGGUCCAGUACGUAUCAAAAUGACUAGCAGUUGUCUUUCGUUAUCGGUACUACUGCCAUCUGUUUAUUCCUUGUCAUAUCUUUGCUUCUAUAGCAAUCUAUUGUCAGCAGUUUCUUCGCUCUCUUCUGUAAUUGGAAGCACUUUGCCAAUUUAUGUAACGGCUAAACCGAAACAACUAACUUUUCACGGUGAUUCUAAAACGAGCAGCGUUUUAUUGCAUAUAAUGAAUGUUAGCUGUUUGCGUGUAGCAUUUCGAAUUCGUACGAAUGAGCCAACACGGUAUAUUGUUAUGCCAGCUACCGGUUUCUUAUCUGCCAACGAAGGUGUCAAUGUAGCUAUGAAAGCAGAAGAAAAUGAUAAAGAUCGUAGAAAGAUAUGGAAUGAUUCAAGAGCCGGAAACUUGGAUUUAGUUCAGUGUAUACGAAUCUGUACAUUAAAGGCGAGCAAACAACGAUCGGAUGAAUCAAAGAGUGAGGAGGAAUUGGAUCAGUUAACGAUGUCUUCCAAUUCUGAGACGGGCGAAUCAGAAUCAUCCUCAUUGCAAGUGCAAAUAAUGACUGACGAAGAAAAAUCGACUAAAAUCAACGAAUUAAAUAUACAAAUUAACAAUAAAUUAGAAGAAAAGAGAAAUGAGUGGCAAAGUUUGAUGCAAGCAAUAAAUGAAGUGAAAAAGAUAGAGGUCGAUUUGGAUCGAGCAACGGUUCAAUGUAAUGACCUCAAUAAAAUGAUCAUUCUCAGGAAAGAUCAACAAAAAACUAUUAAAGCAAAACUGGCAAAAAUCGAUGCGAUUUUGGACACAUUGAAAAAUGAAAUAAAGUAA